GGCUGGGUUGGCUGACGGCGGCACUGCAGGCGGUGCCGGAGGUGACGGCGACAUCGAGUGAUAAGCAGAUGUUCCUGGCGGCAGCUGCGGCGGCGCUGCAAGCGGGCCUGGGCAGCAGCAGCAGCGCCGGCGGCGGCGGAGACGGGGACAUGAUGGGUAAUGGCGACGGAGGUGCUGGUGGCAGUGGCGGCUACUCGAGUGAGGCCUGGGAGGGCGCGUGCCAGGAGUUCGCGGACCUGUGCCGCCGCAACAAGCGCGCCAGGCAGGCGGCGCAGGCGGCGUUGCUGCCGCAGGAGCUGGCGGCGGCGGUGGACGACGGGGAGCGCCGGCGGGGAGGGGCGGUGUAGUGUAGACUGGCAGAAGGGGUAGAGAGGAGGAAAGGUUAAGGGAGAGGAAAGGGUGAUAUAGGGGGUUGAUAGGGAUACAUAUUCCGCAGUUGUGAUAUAGGGAGAGGGAAAUAACUACCGGUAAUGGUGGUGAUGAAGGAUUCCAGCUUUGGGAGUGCGUGCUGCUGUUGUUCUACUUGACGGGCAGGGAUGGGGAAAGUGGGGCCGGAGGGUAGCGAUGUGGGAGAAGGAGGCGGAUGCUUUGGG